GCGGACUGACGCGGGGCUUUGGAUAGAAAGAAACCAGCAAUAAGAUACAAAACUGAGGCCAAAAAUGGCAGAGCUUGGAGCGGGAAGCCUGCCGUUAGGGGAUCCUGCUUUUAAUUACCAGGAGCACGAGCUGAACGAGCGGCUGAAACGUCUCUACCCGGCUGUGAACGAGGAAGAGACCCCUUUGCCCCGAUCCUGGAGCCCCAAGGAUAAAUACAGCUACAUUGGGCUGUCACAGAACAACCUGCGGGUCCAUUACAAAGGCCAUGGUAAGAACCACAAGGAUGCAGCAUCAGUGAGAGCCACACACCCAAUCCCCGCUGCCUGUGGGAUCUACUACUUUGAAGUCAAGAUUGUCAGCAAAGGCCGAGAUGGGUACAUGGGCAUCGGCCUGUCUGCUCAGGGAGUCAACAUGAACAGACUGCCUGGAUGGGACAAGCACUCAUAUGGUUACCAUGGAGAUGACGGCCACUCCUUCUGCUCCUCUGGAACCGGCCAACCAUACGGCCCAACGUUCACCACAGGGGAUGUGAUUGGCUGCUGCGUUAACCUCAUCAACAACACUUGCUUUUACACCAAAAAUGGCAUAAGUUUAGGUGUAGCCUUCACAGACCUCCCUCCCAACUUGUACCCCACCGUGGGGCUUCAAACUCCUGGUGAGAUUGUAGACGCAAACUUUGGCCAGCAGCCUUUUGUCUUCGACAUCGAGGACUAUAUGAGCGAAUGGCGGGCCAAGAUCCAUGGCAUGAUCGCCCGCUUCCCCAUAGGAGAGAGGCUGGGGGAGUGGCAGGCCGUCCUGCAGAAUAUGGUGUCCAGCUACCUGGUGCAUCAUGGCUACUGUGCCACCGCAACAGCCUUUGCCAGAGCCACAGAGACUAUGAUACAAGAGGACCAGACAUCUAUAAAGAACAGACAGAGAAUACAGAAGCUGGUGCUGGCAGGGCGGGUGGGCGAAGCCAUAGAAGCCACUCAGCAGCUUUAUCCAGGCCUGUUAGAACACAACCCCAACCUACUAUUCAUGUUGAAGUGUCGUCAGUUCGUGGAGAUGGUGAACGGUACAGACAGUGAGGUUUGCUGCUUGACCAUUCGCUCGCCCAAGUCCCAGGACAGUUAUCCUGGCUCACCCAGCCUCAGCCCCCACCACGGAGCCAGCAACACACACCUGCACACCGGAGGAGCAGACAGUCCGACCUGCAGUAACGGGGUGACUCCCACCAACAAAUCAAAGAGCCACAGUGGCGCUGGCAGCAGCAGUGUCAAAUACCCCAGUGUCUCCUCCUCCGCCUCUUCCUCCACCUCCUCCUCCCCUUCCUCCGUCAACUACUCCGAGUCCAACUCCUCCGACUCCACCAAGAGCCAGCCACACAGUGCCAACAGCACCCAGGAAACCAGUGACAGUGAGAUGGAGAUCGAAGCAGAGCACUAUACCAAUGGGGUUGUUGAGGGCUCCUCAGCGCGCAUCAUGAAUGGCACAUACAAACACGAAGAGAUCCUUCAGCCAGACGACAACAGCAUUGGCAAUGGGGUCACAGAUGAGGGCUGUAGUAACAGUAGACAGCUUUGCGGAGGGAACCAGGCGGCCACAGAGAGGAUGAUCCAGUUCGGACGGGAACUGCAGGCACUCAAUGAACAGCUGUGCCGCGAGUAUGGCAAGAACGCCACACAUAAGAAAAUGUUACAGGAUGCAUUCAGCCUGCUUGCAUACUCAGACCCCUGGAACUGCCCCGUGGGCCAGCAGUUAGACCCUACCCAGAGAGAGUCACUCUGCUCUGCACUCAACAGCGCCAUACUGGAGUCCCAAAAUCUGCCUAAGCAGCCUCCGCUGAUGUUAGCGCUCGGCCAGGCCACAGAGUGUGUUCAGCUUAUGGCUCGAGUCCGGUCUGGUUCGUGCUCCUUUGCCAGAGUAGACAACUUUUUGCACUAGCCCAGGUCCAGGUUAAUGUUAAGUAGCACUGAGAGAAGGCAUGUCCGGCAGGUAGUUGUCAUGGCGACGGAGGAAAGAGCAUGCAUGUGAUUGGUGUGUUUGGCUGUCCGUCAGACCGAGCCAGCGGCACAGACAGAGGAGCAGAGGAGAGCGAGAGAGAAGAAAGCCUACUUUUAAUUUAGUAUUAUCAAAUAAAGAAAUGCGUGACACUAUUUAAAGAUAAUUAAUUAUUAUUCUGUUUAUCUAGCCAUUUUAUAGUUCUUUUUGUCAGUUUGUUGUGCUCAUCCCGGACAAAGCAAAUUGUAACUCCCCUUUUUAUUUUUUCUUCUGUUUUAAUUGGUGGGUUUUGAUUCCCUAUGAUCAGUAUUUUACUCACAUUCUUGUUGUUAACCAUAUCACCGACCACAAUACCCACAUCUGGUUACCAUGGUGACCCCAUGACAGUAGGUCAUCUCAACAAAACCUGAGGUAUAGAAACAUCAUCUUUAAUAAGAUACAGAAGACAGACAGACUCUGAGACCUUUGUCCCCUUAAAGUUUGGCACAUACAAGUGUUGAAACCCAUUCAGAAGGCCGAGCAGACAAGUGCUCAGCAGAGAAACAGAAAAACACCUCUGGUUGCAUGGAGCAGGUCAUUAGCUCUGGUAAAGGCAUAUACCAUACAACAGUAAACAAAUGUAAAAUACACAGUGCUGUAGUAGUGUAAUGUAAUCACCCAUGUAAAAAAACAUAAUUGAAGGGCCUCUGUGGCAUCUGCCACUGGAACACUGCCAGUAACAAGGGGAGAGGUUAAUGACAGGAGAUUCAAUUAAAAUAUUAGAGAUGUUGGAGCUGUGGCGACCUCAGCAUCCACCAAUCAGCGGUGUUGUUGCAGGUGGCAGAGCUCAGCCCCAGCUGCAGCUUUAACACCUGCUCUCAGGACCCAACCUAACACUAUUAUCAUGGUCGCCUUGAUGCCAGCAUCAAGAAAAUCUGUAUCAAAGGCAGACUAACAAGCACAAUGUGCGUACGUCCAAAAGUCAAGUCACCCCUGGGGAUUUCAUUAUUGCAGUCUUUGUUUUUUUACAUCCUCCAUAGCCUGACCUGCUCUGUGCAGCAUGUGCGAUUGGAAUUUCAGAUGAAGAGGUGAAUUCAUUUGCCAGCCAGGAAGGUUUCUAAUUUUAGGGUGCACCUCAUGAUAAUUAAAUCACAGUCUUUCUUUUAUUUCUUUUGAUUCCAAACCACUUCAAGGUUAAACAACACUGUAGGAAAAAGACUUCUUUUGUGUUUCACUUGACUUUAGUCGUGUCAGGCUUAUUUAUAUAGCCCAAAAACCACAGGUUUGUCACAGAGCUUCACAGUGUGUACAUUAACUUGACAGAAAAAUCUUUUAAUUUUUCAUUGUGCCAAAAUUCAGCCCAACAGUGUAAUUGGGCUAGUAGGUAACUUUGAAUCAACUAUCUAGUUGCUGCUGCUCAUAAACACACUGCAGAGUAACUAGCCUUUCUUUAUAUCUAGCUUAACAAGGCUACAUAUGCUACCUACCUAGCCAGCUAACUAGCUAGGCUGGCUUGUGGGCUUGGAUUUAUUAGACGGCAUCAAAAUAAAGAGCCAGUGUUCACAGCAGCGGCUAACGCUAGCUGAUUCAUUCAGACUUACUUCUGCAGUGUUGGGAUUGUGGAAAUGUUCCUCAGAGACGGACACACAACUCUGUGAAGAGCAAAAAGCCUCAGUGUCUCUCUGUGGUGUAGCUAACAGGAGCUAGCUAGCAGGCAGCCUGCGGGCCCGAGCUGAGUUUGGAUCAUUUACUAAAUAGUUUCACUUUAUUGGCUGUUCAUUAUUUAAAUUGAUAAUGUCGUGUUAAUUUAACAUUGGACAUGUUGGCCCCUCUUUUAGAAGCACAAAUAUAACAUCAUUAUCAUUGUGUUUUCUUCACUUCAAUUAUUUUUUUAGGGGCGCACAGGGGACUUUCUGUCUCUGUAUCUAAACAGAUGAUUGUUCAUGGCAAAAUCUCAAGUCCGACUCAACUGUAUCCUCUUUCCAUAUGCAUCAGCAGUUGGAUUUUGAUAACACUUGUUUUGCUCCAUCCCUUAGCUUUAUCUGAAUCAUUUUAAUUCUUUCGUUUCUGCAUCAGACUUCUUUUCUACCAAAUAGCAGUGACUGAAUAUUGUCGGACUAAUGGCAAGCUGUCACUCCAGCUGCUUUGUUGUGACCUGGCAAAUGGCUUGUGGAUCCACCCUGAAGUGUAUAUUUCCAUUUAUAAGAGCAUUUUAAGUCUAUGGAAUAAUAUAAUACUGGAGAUGUGUGUAUGCAAUGUGGGGGUUUACUACAGGGUAUGUGGUCAAAGUUUUUACCAAGCUGGUUUUUAUAAAGACCUUCUGCUAUAAUAGGAACUCUUCUAAUAACCACACAUGCAAAACACACUCAUGACAUCUGCUUCUACAGCUGUAAAGGACUUCUGUUACACACACACACACACACUUACACGGGAAAGAACAACCUCUGUUGCAUACCUGUAGGGAACGAGUCUCCCAGCUGUCCUUUGUGUUUGAGCCUGGGCUGCGUAUCAGCACUGUUACCGCGCACCCUUCCUCUUAUCCCUGCAUAGACAUAGCCACUGAUGUGAUCAGUGAUUGUUUUAAGGAAAGGAGGGAUGUGAACAGUUUUGGAAAUGGGCCUGAGGCCUCUGAAGCCACAUGGACUUCUUCAACGGAGGCCGGAGAAAUGGAUUUAGGUGUCACAGACGAGCUGUGCACAAUUGACUUCUAUCAUAAUUUUAAUUUCAUAUUUUGACUUUUGAGUUUUAGCAAAAAAUAAAAAUAACAAAAAACAAUUGUGAAUUGAGUUACCCUCUACUUAGCAUGACUUUUGAAGCCUUUAAAAUGAUAUUUAAAAAAAAGGAAAAAUGAUAAUUGAAAAAAAAAACUAUGUACUGGAAACAUGUUAAAAAAGAAAUAUUGUAUUCUGUUUAAUUUUGACAGAAUUAUU